AUGCAUGAUUUAUAUUGUAAACGAUUACCACAUAAAUUAUAUCGACGUGCUCGACGUGAAUAUAAACAAGUUAAACGUCUCCAAAAAUUAUUACAUCAUCGUUCAGAUAUGUUGAGAUGCCGAAUUGAUAAAGGUGAAGGUUUCUAUAUUGAUGAUAAAUCUAUUAUGCAACACAAAACUCUCGAAUACAUGAAUAAAACUGAAGCUUAUCAAGAACUUACUAGUGAUUAUUGUCCUUUGACUGAUAUAUUACAUGCAACAACAAGUGUUCUCGAUUAUCUCAUUAAGAAAAAAGUUAUUACAACAGCUCAACGUGAUAAACUUUUACCGAAUUUAGAAAAACUUGAACUACCUUAUCUGUAUCCAUUACCAAAAAUACAUAAGCUUGGAAUUCCCAUCAGACCCAUCGUUUCUGCACUAUAUGCACCAGUAAAUUUAAUUUCAAAAUUUUUGUAUAAACUUUUAUCACCGAUCUAUCUACAAGUGGCUCAUGAAACAACAGUGAUAAAUAGUAUUGAUUGGGUUCGUAAAUUAGAAAAAUAUACAGCCGAUGGAUAUCUUAAAUCAACUACAAACUUUAUUACAGCAGAUGUUGAAAAUCUAUACACGAUGAUACCAAGAGAAGGUGGCCUUCAUGCAUUAUUACGAUUUUUAGAAAAAUAUUCCAAACAUGGCAAGAUAGGACCAUUUAGUGUAGAUAUGAUAAUGAAAAUGGCUCGUCUCAUUUUGGACACUAACUAUUUUGCAUAUAUCAAUAAAUAUUAUAAACAAACUCGUGGUGGAGCUAUGGGCUCUGCUUUUACUCAAGUAUAUGCCAAUAUAUAUAUGUUACAAUGGGAACAAAACUUAAUUGAAUAUCAAGCAUCAAAGAAUGAAAUUUAUGGAAGGUAUAUUGACGAUAUUUUUAUGACUACCAAUGAAUCAUAUGAUAUAAUCACAGCCGUACUUCAACAAGCACAAAAACAAGAUGUUAAUAUUAAAAUAAAUCCAACUAUGAGUAAUUCUGUUAAUUUUCUCGAUAUUACUAUUACCAAUACAAAUGGAAAACUAACAACAUCGAUCUAUCACAAGCCUACAGCUGAUCCUUAUUACUUACCAUAUCAAUCAGACCAUCCACAUACUAUUCAUCGGAAUAUACCAUAUACCGCCUUAGUACGUGCAGCACGUCUUUGUUCAAAUCUUCAUGAUUUUCAUCGGGAACGUUUAAGAAUUCACGUAUCCCUAUUAUUAAAUAGUUAUCGACCACAUUUCAUCUCAAAUCACUUUCAACGAUUCUUUCAAGUACAUAGAGCUGAUAUUCUAUAUAAAUACUUCGACGAAACCACCUAUUCACAAUUACAUCGACAAUUACUAUAUCAAACUUCGAAGCGUGAACUAGAAGAACAAGCUAUGAAAAAAGAUCCUGUUCUAUUUCCACCAGUAUUACAACAGCGACUAUGGAAUCAAAGGCUAAUGUAUAUUAGACAUCGAUAUGAAACCGGAUAUAUUUCGAAAUUUACCAAAAUAUUUCGUGGAUGGUGGAAAAAACAUUAUCAAUCGCCAGGAUCAGAAGCAAAUCGAAUACAACUUCGACUCAUGCCUCUCACAAAUCGAUCAUUACAAAAUUACCUCAUACGUAAAAAGCCAAGAAAAAGUAUUCUCACCAAAAUGGACAUCAAGACAGAACAUGCCAUAUGA